CUGAGCACACAACAUCCCACUAAACCAUCUCAACUGUCGCUUUUCUCUUUUUCUGUGGAUGCCCUUGUAUUAAAGGAAAAAAUCUGAGGAGGUAUAUACACAAUAUUUUUUCGGUGCAAGGAUUUAUUUAUACAUUCUCUGGCACUCCAAACGCCAACAGAUUGUGUUUGGUUUCCUUGCGAAGGGUCACUUGGGAAAAUCGACCCGUCUUGUGGCACUCCUGAUACACUUGGAAGAUUUGUAGACUGCGGACGUUUCGUGAAAUUGGACACACGGACGGACAGCUGCGGUUUAUGCGUGUUCCCGUUCAUAGAAAAUAAAAAAGGGACUGUUGCUGCAAGAACUGAGAGAGAAAUAACAAUCAACUCAAAACAUGAGCUGCGCAAUGUUGCGACACGCGCUCGCUUUGCUCUUGGCGUUGCUGUGGAAAGGGCCCAGCGGUGCUCAGGCGGCCGAGUUCGGACACUUGCCCGACAACAUUACCGUGCUGGAAGGAGAAAGCGUGGUUUUGAGAUGCAAGAUAGACGAGGAGGUCACUCACAAGGCGUGGUUGAACCGCUCCAACAUCUUAUUUACGGGCACAGAUAAGUGGUCCCUGGACUCCCGCGUCUCUCUGGUGAACAACAACAACAGCGACUUCUCCAUUAAGAUUGAGCGAGUGAUGGUGGCAGACGAGGGACCCUACACAUGCAGCUUCCAGGCCAGAAACCAGCCCCGUACGGCCCACGUCUACCUCAUCGUCCAGGUGCCAGCCCGGAUAGUGAACAUCUCGCAGGAUACAUCAGUGAAUGAAGGCGAUGACGUGAAUCUUUUUUGCUUGGCGGUGGGCAGACCAGAGCCGACUAUCACCUGGAAGGACUUCAAGUAUGGUCUCAUGAACGAAGGCGAGUUUCUGGAAAUCACAGAAAUCAAGCGGCAUCAAGGGGAGGAAUUUGAAUGCAUCACCAACAACGGCGUGGCGCCGCCAGACACACGCCGCGUCAAGGUCACGGUCAACUAUCCACCAGUAAUCACGGAAGUAAAGAACAUGCCCGCCCAGCUGGGAAAAACUGCAAUCUUACGCUGUGAAGCUAUGGCGGUGCCCACCGCAUCCUUCGAAUGGUACCGGGAUGACCGAAGGCCGGUAGAGAGCGAUAACACGCUGAAGAUUAAAAACGAGAAAACACGUUCCCUGCUGCUCUUCACCAACGUGACAGAAAAACAUUUUGGCAACUACACCUGUUUCGCCUCCAACCGCCUCGGGGCUUCCAAUGCCAGCAUGUUACUCUUCAGGCCCGGGGCCGUGUACGGUGGAGCGGUGUCUCUGAACGGCCGUUUAUCAGGAGUUGGCCUGUGGUUCUGCCUCUCCAUCUCUGUUCUGAUGAAGGUCUAAAACUUUCCCGCUUCGGAAAGAGUCUUUAAAUACGAACCCAUCACUGUGAACAAAAAGAAAUUAUGCAUUAAUCCAGGAGCCAUCGCUACAUCACUCGGUCAUGCCUUCCCCUUCCCAUUCACGCCCGGUCGCAUAUCACCGCCUCACUCCUCCCUCCCGUCACCAACGAUGGUCACCUUUUAUCGUCCAAACCUGAAAUGUGAUGCUAAUGAUCACGACAAGUGUAAUGCCAGUUGGGUGUCUCUUGAUGUGCGUGCUGGACAUGCUGGUGGUAAAGUGACGUGUCGACGAUGACGGUUGCGAUGUCCGGGUGACCCUGUAGAAGCUGUCCACCAGCGGCCCGUCGGAUCCCGAUGCAGAUAUCUGAGCUGAACGCUGGUGCAUUCUGACGUGCGUAGCUACUAUGAAUGAUGUCAAAACCAUGUUUUCUUUCUAGCGAGGAGGGCUUUGUCAUCUCGGCCCCUCAUUUGCAUUCGUUUGGGCUCUCGACCCAAAGCAAACGUCUGACCCACGUCCAGCCCUCAUAUUGUCCUCAGUCUGUCCAUCACUCAGAUCGUCGGUCCUUCACACUCAGUGUAAAUAUAUAUGCAGUAGAGGCCCUUCAUUCCAGCGGCAAAAACUACAUUUCCCAUCAGCCUCUCUGUUUCAGUCUUUCGGCUCGGAGGAUAUUGCUGCCUUUAAGUCACGAUGGAAUGAUCGUAUUUACGAGAUUUACAACCGAAAUGUCAUUAUUAGCAGAGAAUCAUUGGUAUUGAUUGUAAGACGUUUAGUUUGUACAUAUUUAGUGUUGUUUUCUUGUGUUUGAUGGACAGUUAAAAAAGAGAAGUGCUCUAAAUUACUUUUCAAAUUUGUUGCAAAGUAUAAAAAAAUAGAUGUAGUGUUGGAGAUUAAAGUAUUUGGACACCUUUUGGUUGUCAAAUGUCGGUUAAUAAAAUAAACUAUAGCUGUAGAUGUCACUCAUCUGCUAAAACUCUUUUUUUUUUACAUGCAAUUGUAGUUUAGAAAACUUUUUAGAACUGUUUGAAUGCAUCAUUGCAACUCAUAAGAAAGACUACAACUUAUCAUAAUUAUUUAAAUGCAUCAUUGCAACUCAUAAACAAGAGUGCAACGUUUCAGUAUUUUUUUAAUGCAUCAUUGGAAUUCACAAGAGCGCAACUUUUCCAAAUUACUUUAAUGCAUAGUUGCAACUCAUUAGUCAGAGUGCAACUUCUCAGAAUUAUUUGAAUGCACCAUUGCAACUCUUAAGAGUGCAACUUUUCAUAAUUAUUUAAAUGCAUCUUUCCAACUCAUAAGAGUGCAUAUUUUCAGUAUCUUUUCAAUGCAUCAUUGUAGCUCAGAAGUAAGAGUGCAAUUUUUCGUAAUUGUUUAAAUGCAUCACUGCAACUCAAAAAACUUUUCAGAAUUAUUCAAAAGCGUCAUUGCAACUUGUAAGUAGGAACUUUCCACAAAGACUUGAAGGCAGCAGAAGUUUCUGGCAUCUCCUGGCCUGAAACAGUUCAUUGACUUCUUGUUGCUUGUGGAUAGCAUGUACUGGUUAGAAAUGUCCCUCUUGUGACCUCACUUCCUGCACCGACCCCGUUUUAACCCCCUGCACUGUGUACAUUUUAAUCUGCAAGGUUAACUGCUAUUACUUUUUAGGUGUUAAUAAUGAUUAUAAUGAUGAUGAUGAUGACAAUGUUAAUAAGUAUUUGAAUAAAUAUGAUAGUAAUUCCAUGUGAGAAAAAAAAAAACGUUAGAGCUGAUUGCAAGCCAUGUGUGUGAAAAUAUUUUGUACUAAAAAUCACUGAAUUCAUCGAACGGCAAAAAAGAAAAAAAAAAACCUUUUUGAAGUAUCGUGCUCUGUUUUACCAUGAUUAACUUUUUUAAAACGGAAGUAAUUUCGACUCGUCUGUAAAAGAAAGCAAUCAGUGAAACGUGUGGGCGCUUACACGCUAGACAGAUCUGUUUUGGGCAUGUGAAAAUGGCCAUAGAAACAAACUGAACAAAUAUACAGUACAAAGUGCAGUGUUGCUUUUCAAAACCACCGUCUUUGUCAUGCACCAUCCCCAUUGAGCUCAGUGCAUUUGCAUUGUAAACUCUAGCGUGUAGGCGUCCUAAUAUCAUUUCAAAUGUGUACUGUAUUUUUUUCCAUGCUGGUGAUGACUGUAAUGUAUGAUAUAUUCUGCAGUAAUGAUAUAAUGCUCAUGUCUGCCUCGAUGACAUAACCAAAACCCUCAGUAUCCUGCGGUUACGUGCGGUUAUGUUAGUGUGAAUCUGCAUUCCAUUCAGAGACGAUUGUUGGAUAUUCCUGUGAUAUUAAGUUGCAACAAAAAUGCAUGCAUUUACUGCAUGUAUUAUGUUUGGGAAAUGACAUACAAAGAAAGAAAAUAGCAAUUUACAAUCUUUUCGCAACCAAAUUGCGAUGAUAUGCAAUACUAGCAUUAGUUCUGUAGGUGUACGGUUAACAGACAACAGCAUUCAGUGCGUUUUAUACAUAUUUUCUAAACAUUUUAUACAGAGCCCUGCUCAUUACGUGCAGAACAAAUACAUAUAUCA